AUGGCUAAAUGGACAGUACUGGAGCCGGCAACGAUGCCGCAGCGGAGCGUUAACAAAAUGGAGUCAAUGUUUCAUCGCAGGAGCAACGCACCGGCGAACAAGACGCCGCUCAAGAUGGCCAUUGGCGACCCCACCUUUGACGGCAACCUCGUGACGCCAGACUCCACCACGGCGGCGGUGGUGCACAGCUUGGAGAGCAACAAGUACAACGGGUACUCUCCGACUGCUGGGCGGCCAGAGGCGCGACAGGCAGUUGCACAGUAUUGGGCACAGCGCUUCGCCGGGAAGCAGGCGGCGCACUGCAAGGCGGAUAACGUCGUGCUCAGCUGUGGCGUGUCAGAAGCCCUCCUCAUUGUAUUGACGUCGCUGUGCGAUGAGGGUGACAAUGUGCUUAUCCCUAUGCCGUGCUUCCCCCACUAUGACUAUCUCAGCGACCUCUACGCCAUUGAGACACGCCACUACACCUGCAGCGGGGACAACAACUGGGAGAUUGACUUUGAUCACCUCCGAAGCCUGGCUGACGGCAGGACAAAGGCGAUACUAAUGACCAACCCAUCGAACCCAUGUGGCAGCAACUUCUCGCGCAAACACGUAGAGGGUUUGAUCCGAGUUUGCGAGGAGCUGCAGCUGCCGCUCAUUGCGGACGAAAUCUACGCUGGCCUGGUAUUCUCCGGCGAGAGCUUCACCUCCGUGGCUGACUUCGACACGCCAGUGCCACGCUUUGUUGUGGGCGGUCUGUCGAAGCGAUUUAACGUACCGGGGUACCGCUUCGGGUGGGUGUUGGCGGUGGACCGCGACGGUUACGGCGCGAAGAUAUGGAAGGGCGUGCACAGUAUGGCCGCACGUUGUUUGAUGCCGAACUCGCUGAUACAGCAUGCUGCCGUGAAGGCUCUUGCAGAGACGCCGAGGUCGUACUACGAGGACUGCGCAAAGCGCAUGGAGGAGGGGGCGAUGGUGAUGUACAGCGGCCUGGUGAACUGCGCUGGGUUAAAGCCAGUGCGGCCGCGAGGUUCCAUGUUCCUGUCAGUUAUUCUUGACUUUGGGGAACUGGAGGACGCCAUUCAGACAGACGCGCAGUUCGCGAAGAAGUUGGCGGAGGAGGAGAACGUGCACGUGUUUCCAGGGGAGCCGUUCAAGAUGCCGGGCGCUCUCCGCAUUACGGUCACACGGCCACUUCCCCUGCUGCAAGACGCCGUGAGCCGGAUUCGGGCUUUUUGCGAGAGGCACCGACGGUGCUAA